AUGAGCCGGAGCUCGGCCGCUCGUGAGCUGGUUGAGAUCCGUCAGCGGCUUGCCGGGCUCCAGGACGAGGUAGCAAGCCUUGCCGACCGAGUGACUGCUUUAGAGCUGGCCUCUGAGUUUGAGCUCGUGCUGCCCACCGAGGAAGCUGCCGAAAGCCCCCGUAGUACCAGUGCUGCAUCAUCCCACGCCCCUGUGAGCACGGAGCGGCGAUUGGCCGCAGCAAGGUCCAUUGGGUUGUUCUGGCUGGUCCCGUGGGUCGGCAAGCGCGGAGAGUUCGGGGAUUCAGUGUUCACCGGUUUCCCCUCCGAGUGGGAGGCCCGUGCUGCCGUCACUGCUGCCGGCCUUGAGACCAUUGCCCGGCGUGUAGUGCCCCUGCAAUUGUUCAGCCGACCGUCCGUGGCCACAGUUCGGGGCGCCUCGCCAGAGAAUCGUUCGCCGAAGAGCUUUACCCUGACCUGUUCCUCAGCGCCGACAGUGCCGGUGCUGAGGUGCCUGCAUCUGGCCUUGACCAGACCCGCUGCCGCCGUGUCUGGGUUGCCUCUGCCCGGAUUAGAUCCUGCAGUCGUCAACGCAGCCAUUGCUGCUGGCAUCAGCCGCGAGCAUCUGGCAGAGAUGAGCGCACUCAUCCAAAAGCGACCUGGGAAGCUGGGCGACAUCCCAGCCCCAGCGGCAAAGAGGCCCCUAGCCGCCCGUGCCGACCCUCUGUCAGCAAGUGCCAGCGAGGAGGAGGAGCCGGAGCCCGCCAAGGGCGUGGACCCGGUUGCAAAGGCUCUGAGCAAGUUGACCGAGAUUGCGGACGCUCUUGCAUCGAACAGAAAGCAGGAGAGAGGCUUGCAAGCCAUCCUCGAGGGCGCCGGGAGCAACAGCAGCCACGGGGAGGGCGCCUCUGGAUCUGCCGGGCGGCGGAAUGCCGUGGCCUUGCAGCAACUCAGGGCUGCCCUGUCAUCUCAGCCUGCCUACAUCUACGAGCGCAUCGAGGCAAACCUCCGGGCCGAUUUCAAUCUGGCCCGUCAGUUGCCGGGCUCGAGUGCAGUGCCUGUGUCCGCCAGGGCGUGGCUGGAGCUCCGCUCCAAAGUGCAGCCCUAUCAGACCAACAUACGCUUCAUUUGGGGAAUAGCGGGGGUUUGGGAUUGUCUCAUGAACGAGGAGCCAGGCGAGCUCUCGCUCGAGGAGAGUCCUCCUUUCUCGGCGUUCAAUCAUCACCGUCUCCCGGAGGGGUCCGAGACACCGUUCACAAAGCUCGCAGAGCCUGUGUGGCUGGACCUGUUGUUGUGGAAGCUGAAGGAGAUCGAGGACUUCCUCGACAAGAGGAGCUCUGUGGCCCAUGCCGCUGCCUUACUUGUUGGGCCGAAGUUCACACUUGUGGGAGGGUAG